AUGGAAUUCAGAUCCAUUUAUAUGAAGCUUGAACAAUCAGAAGAUUUAUCUAAUCAAGUGAGUAAUAAUUUGAAUAAAUAUUAUGAAAAUAUGGAUAGCAAUAAUAAUAAUGAAGAAAGUGAUAAUUCUAGUGACGAUAAUGAAGAUAAUUGA